GUGCAACUCCUUUCCCUCGCUUUCCCUCCUCUCCCGGGCCUCAGAGCAAGAUCUUAUACUUCUCCGAGGGGGGCACCGCGUUCACCACGACCCGGCCGUCGUAGGACAGCGAGGCGAAAAGGAAGGGGUCGCAGGCCGACCAGUCCACGGCGUAGACGCUCUCCUCGUGGUCUUGAAUCGCCAGGACCCGCACGUCCGGGGCCUCUGGGCCCUCCUC